AAAAAAAAAAAAAAAAAAAAAAAAGAUGUCAACACAGCAAAGUCAGCCAUUCCCGAAUGGAGAUGGAAAAGUGAUCGUCUUUCGCGUGGAGCCACCGCAAAGAAAACGACAGCAGCAGCAGAGCAAGGGGAAAGCACCCAAAGAAACAAUUAGCAGCAGCACUCCUCCAGCGAAAAGAAAGAGAAAGCCGGACCCGACUCAAACUACUCAAACUACUCAGAGAACCAAACGAUAACGAUCAGUCAUGACGCCAACGGUUCCAGUUCCGCAAGAACCACUCCCUCACGACCCUCCGCUAUCGUCCAUGACCGAGCAGGUGCUAGCUCAGGCACGAAGGGACUCUGCGAACGAGGCCCUGAGAUCGAUUUUGGAGGUGGAUCCAGUGUCAUCGACCGUACGGCUAUAUAGGAGCCACCUCAGAAUAUGGAAGAUAUUUUGCGACGAAAAGUACAACGGGGACUGCAGUGUUGAUGCAGCUCGGAUGCUCGAGUAUUUCACUUCCGUCGUCUUUAAACGGACAGUGAAGAAAUACAUCUCUGCAGAGACUGGUUACAGCGCAGUGGUUGGACAGGCGCAGCCGACACGCGUAGAGGAGUCGGAAGAGGGUCAAGACCAUGACUUGGAUGAGAGUGACAGCGAGGAUGAAGUGGACGAUCUUUCAGAGGAUGGUGGAGAAGAGGAUCAGCAGAUCGCUCAGGGUUCAAAGGCCAACUUCAUCAGCAAUAUUGUCGAGAAAACGCAGGUCAUUGAGGAGGCCCUCACCGACAAGCUAGGUCGCAAGGUGAUACAUGUUCCUCUGACAGCAGGGUCCGCGGACAAUAUCAGAAAGGCGCUCAUAUACUUGUGGAACCAGCAGGCAUCAGUGACAGCGUCCUACCCUAACACAGCACCCAAUCCUCGCCACGAUAUUGCCUUGAGAAAGGCCUUUGACUCUUACGAAGAGGGCCUAGUGCGCGAUCGCUAUUAUCCGCCGGCUCCAUUGUCUAUGCCUUUGAACAACUUUGCAUCUAUUUCGCAGCAAGUACAGCUACUACAACAACAGCUACUACAACAACAGCUACUACAACAACAGCUACUACAACAACAGCUAUUGCAACAACAGCUACCGCAACAACAGCCUCAGCAACAAUUGCAACAACAGCAACAACAGCAACUGCCACAACAGCAACAGCAGCCACAACAGCCACAACAGCAACAGGCUCACCAGUCAUCAUCGCCACAGCUCGACGAUAGGCUCAGAGGGUACGCGAUGUUGCCGGACAACGGAAAAUUGACCGUCCGUCAAGCAUGGGACGAAUACCACGGUCCCAUCGCGGCAGCAAGACAGCAAGAUUCGGCCUGGCCCUUUACUCCAGCGCGCAGAAAGGCGUUACAACGCCGGCAGCAAUUCAUUGGGUUGGUUAAGGCGAAGAUGGAGGAGGAGAAGGAGAAGGAGGAAGGUCAUUCGGUCGAGAGUCUCCAGAACUUUCUGGAUGCUAUGACGGCCCAGUACAAGAACAAAACUAUCAAUUCAAUCCGAGAAGAGCUUCUUAAAAGAUAG